GCCGGCAUCGCCCGAGCCACCUAGCUCCUCACCUCCCAUCCCAACACCGCCGUCGGCCGAGCCGACUAGCCCCUCGUCUUUCAUCCCACCACCGCCUUUGCCCGAGCCACCCAGUCCCUCACCUCCCAUUCCAACACCGCCUUCACCCGAGCCGCCAAGCCCAACGCUGCCGCUGCCACCGCCGCCUUCGCCCGAGCGACCUAGCUCCUCACCUCCCAUCCCAACACCGCCUUCGCCCGAGCCGCCAAGCCCAACGCUGCCGCUGCCGCUGCCACCGCCGGCAUCGCCCGAGCCACCUAGCUCCUCACCUCCCGUCCCAACACCGCCUUCGCCCGAGCCGCCAAGCCCAACGCUGCCGCUUCCACCGCCGCCGUCGCCCGAGCCACCUAGCCCCUCGCCUCCACCUUCGCCCGAGCCACCUAGCCCCUCGCCUCCCAUCCCAGCACCGCCUUCACCCGAGCCGCCAAGCCCAACGCUGCCGCUGCCACCGCCGCCAAGCCCCUCGCCUCCCAUCCCACCACCGCCGUCGCUCGAGCCACCUAGCCCCUCGCCUUCCAUCCCACCACCGCCUUCGGCCGAGCCAUCUAGCCCCUCACCUCCCAUCCCAAUACCGCCUUCACCCGAGCCGCCAA